UCUCUCUCCCCCCCCCCCCCCUCUCUCCUUUCUUUCUUGUUAUAUAAAUUCUUGAGAUAAAACGUUAUUUUCCUUUUGUCUAAGCCUAACAUGGCGGACCCUAAUCCAUUCCUCCCAAUUUCUCAACCACUAGACCCUCUCCCUGAUGGCGGAUCUCCGCCCACCGCCCACCGCCGUCAGUCCAAGAAAAUGCUCUUCGUGGUCUUUUCCGGGUUGUUCUUGGUUUUCUUGUUUGCAGCUAUAAUUGACAAUAACAAAGGAUUUAAGAAUAAUAUCCAUGAUGAUAAUGUAAUUCCAUUAACUAUGUCUCAAGAAACUGUAAAACCGGAGAUACUGAGACCCGUGUCACGUGGUGUGUCGGCCGGUAUAUCGGAGAAAGUGAACUUGAUUUCUAGCAGUCCGCAAACGCCAGAGUAUCCAUGGAAUAAUAGUAUGUUAUCAUGGCAAAGAAGUGCUUUCCAUUUCCAACCCGAAAAGAACUGGAUGAACGAUCCUAAUGGCCCAUUAUUUUACAACGGCUGGUAUCAUUUCUUCUAUCAGUACAAUCCAAAUGCUGCGGUGUGGGGGGACAUAGUCUGGGGCCAUGCUGUAUCGAAGGACUUAAUCCACUGGCUUCACCUUCCAUUAGCAAUGGUUGCUGAUGAAUGGUAUGACCAAAAUGGUGUCUGGACGGGGUCUGCUACUAUCCUUCCAGACGGUAAAAUUGUUAUGUUAUACACUGGGUCUACCAAUGAGUCAGUUCAAGUGCAGAAUCUUGCAUAUCCUGAAGACCACGAUGAUCCUCUCCUCCUAAAAUGGGUCAAGUACUCUGGCAACCCAGUUCUAGUCCCGCCACCAGGCAUCAAAAGCUUGGACUUUCGUGAUCCCACAACUGCUUGGUUCACUUCUGAAGGGAAAUGGAGGAUUACUAUAGGAUCUAAAGUUGGUAGGACUGGCAUAGCUCUUAUAUAUGACACUGAAGAUUUCAUAAAUUAUGAAUUGCAACAGCAUGAACUUCACGGCGUCAGUGGCACUGGCAUGUGGGAGUGUGUGGACUUUUAUCCUGUAUCGAAAAGUAGUGCCAAUGGAUUGGACACAUCUGCUAAUGGUCCUCAAGUGAAGCAUGUACUUAAGACAAGUCUUGAUGAUGACAGACAUGAUUAUUAUGCACUUGGAAAUUACAAUGAAAAGAACGGUACAUGGUAUCCUGAUAAUCCCGAGAUUGAUACUGGUAUUGGGAUUAGGUAUGACUAUGGUAUAUUCUAUGCGUCCAAGACAUUCUAUGAUCAGAACAAGGGGAGACGACUGUUGUGGGGUUGGAUUGGUGAGUCCGAUAGUGAAGCUGCUGAUGUCAAGAAAGGAUGGGCAUCUCUUCAGAGCAUUCCAAGGACGGUUUUGUUGGACACAAAGACUGGCAGCAAUCUGCUUCAGUGGCCAGUGGAAGAGGUAGAGAGUUUGAGAUUAAGAAGCAAUGAAUUCGAGAAGCUUGAGGUCAAGCCAGGUUCAGUUGUGCCCCUCCAUAUUGAUGCAGCCACACAGCUAGAUAUAGUUGCGGAGUUCGAGCUAGACAAGAAGGUUUUGGCGAAUGCAGCUGAAUCAAACGAAGAAUUUAGCUGCAAGACGAGUCGUGGAGCUGCUCACCGCAAUGCAUUAGGACCAUUCGGUCUUCUGGUUCUUGCAGAUGAAAGCCUAGCUGAACAGACUCCUGUGUACUUCUAUGUUGCAAAAGGAAAAAAUGGCACUCUAAAAACUUUCUUCUGCACAGACCAGAAAAGGUCCUCUGCAGCAAAUGAUGUUAACAAACAAAUUUAUGGAAACUUUGUCCCAGUCCUAGAGGGUGAAAAGUUCUCUGUGAGAAUAUUGGUGGAUCAUUCGAUAAUCGAAAGCUUUGCUCAGGGUGGUCGGACAUGCAUAACCUCCAGGGUUUAUCCAACAAGAGCAAUCUACGGAGCCGCCAAGCUGUUCUUGUUCAACAAUGCUCUUGAGGCCAAUGUUACAGCUUCACUAAAGAUAUGGCAAAUGAAUUCUGCAUUCAUUCGCCCCUAUCCCAAUAUUCGGUAGACUGUGAAACUUAUAUUUUUCAAGUCUACCUCAUUUGAUUCAACAUGUACAAUAAUUCUUUUUUUUUUUUUUUUUUUUGCUCCUUUGCUAUUAUUUUUGCCUGUUCCUUCAUUUUUGUUUCAAUUUGGCGUUAGAUGAUGAGAAUGGGAAAAGAAUAGAUCAACCAGAAGAAUAUGUAGACAUGUUUUCUCUUGCUAAGCAUACAAUGUGAUCACAUGUCAUGAUUUGCAAUUAUUUCUGAAUAUAUAAUUUCAUUUUUGUUGAUCAAA